CGCACUAAAAAACAAAGCUGAAUUACACAAACAAAGCACACACACAUAGCGAACAAGAAUAAAUCCAGUAGCCAUAGAGAGGAAUAGAAAGAAGAAAGAGAAUCUAAACGCCAUUUAACUGGCUGCUCCACCUCCUCUCUUCUCCUACCUGUACUUGUAGUAUUUUUAAGAAACAGGAUCUGGGUCUCUAAUUUUUAUUUUUUUUCCCUUGAAGACCCACAAGAAAGAGAGAGGAGAGAUCAAUCAAUCAUGCCAUCAGGUGCAAAGAGAAGAAAAGCAGCCAAGAAAAAGAAAGAACAACAGACCAACAACAACACUAACACCAACUCUUCUUCAACCAUCAAUAGAAAUAAUGAUCCUAAAAGCCAGGAUGAGAGAGAUAGCGAUGGCGGUGAGGUUGGUUCCCCUGCAUCACAGGACCACCAUAACCAGGAGCAUCCAUUUAACGAGGAUAAUGAAGAGUCUGAGAAGAGAGACCACUCAACAUUUGUCUCAGACUACAAGCCUGUUGAGGGAGUAACUAGUGAUGCUCAAGGAAGCCAAAAUGUUGGAGUAGAGGAUGACAGUGUUGUUAAAAUUGAGAGGGAACUGAACUCCGAGCUGGAUAUUGAGAGCAAAGAUGUUGGUGUGGAGCAUGUCGAGUCUGCAAAGGAAUCACAUGAUGGAGAUGACAAGAGCUCUAGCAGUAGUAGUUCUGAUGAUGAGUCUCGCACUUUUGAGAAGAAAUGGAAGGAAGAAGACUGUAAUUCAGCUUUAGAUGCAGCUUCAUGCAAUAAUGUGGAGAAGGUAUUUCCUGAAGAGGUGACGCGAGACUCUAAUAUUGAACAAUCACUUGAGGAAGCUAAUGGAAAUUCCACUGUGGAAACUGAUCCUACUAAUGAUUUGGCUGCACCGCAGGUGCUCAUGUCGGAGGUGGCAAAACACACGAUGGAAGGUGCUGAAGUUGAGAACCCAGAGAUUCUGGAUGUGAUUGAACCAGGGUUGAAGGAAAGUGAGGACAAAUUGCUGCCUAAAUCCAAUGAUGUCAUUGCUGGUUUGGUACCAGAGAAGAAUGAGAAUAAAGCUUUUCCCAUAGUGGAUGAGAAUGUUGGGGCUUCAACGACUCUGAUUAUUUCUGAUGUAAAUGGAAAUGAGGGUAAGAUAUCAGAUGCUCAUACUGAAACUACUAUUUGUGCAGAAAGAACCAAAGAUUCUGAGACUUUGGGUGGUGCUGUAAUUGGAAAUGUGGGUAAAUCACUGACAUCAUUUGGUGCUCAUGUUUCUGAAGCUUGUAAUGAUGCAAUUAAAGUCAGAGAUUAUGAGACUUCUGAAUAUGCUGAAAAUCAGCCUCUUGUACCUCCAGCUCAACGAGUAACACAGAGAACCUCUUGGAUGAGUUGCUGCGGUUUAUUUGAUGUUUUUAUAGGCUCCAACAGAUAAUUUCAGAAACAGAGCAUGACGGUGCUCCAGUGGACUGAGAAGCUUUCCAGAACUUGUGAAGGGUUUGGUUUAGAGAAGUUUGUAAUAGCUGCGCGUAGAAUCUUGUCAGAAAAUUUUCCCAAAGAAUAAAGGACAAAAAACCUAGAUAGACAAACAAUUAUAUACAGUUAUGCAAAUAGUGAGUGUCCACAUUGGUAGGCAGCUCAGUUUAUCAUGCUUCCGCUGCAUUUUCUUCUGUUUAAUUUUCUGUCUGUUAAUAGACUGCGUUGUAUGUAUUUCAUUUUGCAUUAGUUCAGAUGAAGGCAUAGACUUAAAAGUUCUAGUUGGAGAUCAA